AUGAAACAGUUGCAAGUUACAGGGUUUGUUUUCUUUUUGACUGAAUCCCUAACCCUGCCCACAAAGCCUCAGGAUGUAGAUUACUUCAGUGUCACUCAGAAAUUUUUAGACGAGAAUGUUGGAUACCUUGCUGUCAUUGCAUUUGCUCAACUCGUUCAGGAAGCAACUUUUGAAGAAGUGGAAAUAAUGCUGAAAGCCGUGGUGGAAUACACAGAUAAGUGCUUGGUUGGUAAGACACUCCCAGAAUGUUCAAAAUCAGCGAAUACUGUUUUACAGGAAACAAUAUGUGCUAUGGAGGGGUUGCCACAAAAGUAUAAUUUUUCACACUGCUGCAGUAAGGUUGACAUUGAAAGAAGACUUUGCUUCCUCUAUAAUAAGAAAGCUGAUGUAGGAUUUCUGCCUCCUUUUCCUACUCUAGAUCCUGAAGAGAAAUGCUAGGCUUAUAAAAAUAACAGAGAAUCUUUGCUAAAUCACUGUAUGUAUGAAAUUGCCGGAAGGAACCCCUUUGUUUUCACCCCUACACCUCUAGCUGUUGCUGCUAGUUUUGAGGAGAUGGCUAAAACAUGUUGCAAAGAACAACACAAAGCCAACUGCUUUCAAACAAGGGCAGCACCUGUUACACAAUAUUUAAAGAUUUUGUCUCCUUAUCAAAAAAAUGUCUGUGGGGCAUUUUUGAAAUUUAGACCCCAAGUCUUAAACUCUGUAAACGUUGCUGUACUCAGUAAAAAAUUCCCCAAGAUUAAAUUUAAGGAACUUACCUCUCUCAUAGAAGAUGUUUCCUCCAGGUACGAUGGAUGUUGUGAAGGGGAUGGUGUGCAGUGCCUUCGUGAGACGGGCAAGGUUAUGAGCUAUAUUCGUUCAAAACAAGAUUCCAUCUCCAGCAAAAUCAAAGAGUGCUGUAAAAGUAAAAUACCACAGCGUGGCAAGUGCAUAAUUUACUCAGAUAAAGAUGAUAGACCAAAGGAUUUAUCUCUAAGAGAAGCAAAGUUUACUGACAACGAAAAUGUGUGUCAAGAACAAGAUAAUGACCCAGACAACGUCUUUGCUGAGUUUCUUUAUGAAUACUCAAGGAGGCAUCCAAACCUGUCUACACCUGAGCUUUUAAGAAUUGCUAGAGUAUACAAGGAUCUCCUGGAAGGUUGUUGAAGCACAGAAAAUCCUCCAGAUUGUCAGAGGCAUGCAGAAGACAAAUUCAAUGAGACAACUGAGAAAAGCCUCAAAAGAGUACAACAAAAAUGUGAACAUUUCCAGAAUUUGGGGAAGGAUGGUUUGAAAUACCACUACCCUGUGAAACUCACAAAGAUCGCCCCCCAGCUCUCCACUGAAGAACUGAUCUCUCUCAGCAAGGAAAUGGUGGCGGCUUUGACUACCUGCUGCACACAAAGUGAAGAGUUUGCCUGUGUUUAUAAUUUGCUGAAUUCAGUUCUUGGAGAGUUGUGUGCAAUAAAUACAAAUUGGACCAUCAACCCUGCUGUGGACCAGUGCUAUAGUACAAACUUUACCUUCAGAAGGCCCUGCUUUGAGGAUCUGAAAGCCAAUAAAACAUAUGUGCCUCCACUGACCUCUCAAGAUUUAUUUGCCUUUCACGCAGACUUGUGUCAGGCUCAGAAUAAGGAGCUGGAGAGAAAGAGAGACAAGCUUCUUGUCAACUUAGUGAAGCUGAAGUGUGAACUCACAGAUGAGGAGCUGCAGACUUUGUUCACAAAUUUUACUAAUGCGGUGGAGAAACGCUGCAAAGUGGAGGGGCCUGAAGACUGUUUUAAUGAAGAGGGUCCAAAAAUUGGCAGCUGA